AUGCCUACUAGGAAUCUUGCGCUUGCGACUCUAGUGGCUCUGGGACAAUCAAUCGUCCCUCCCGUUGAGGGUAGUAGCUUGCCUGCUCAGGCUCAGGUGAUCGACCAAAGAGCGUUCAACGUCUUAAACGUGACUCAGCCACCAAUCGAGUUCAAUGCCAAGAGUCUUUUCGUCCCUCCAGGACAUACCGAAGAAAGCCUCACUCAACGCCCAUUCCAUGUGUACGACGAUGAGUUCUUGAAAAUUAUUGGAGAAGCUCCAACACUCACCCGGAUUGCCCACUCGCCCAAAGACCCUCUGUUUCACGAGGCGGUCGUCUGGUCAAAGGAAACAGAGGAAGUCUUCUUCGUCCAGAACGCAGGUGCCAAAAACGCUAGCACUGGUCUAAAGAAGUCGGCAAUAAUUGAAAAGAUAUCUCUUGCAGAGGCCGCUGCCGUUGCUAAUAAGAGGGAUGCUGCAGGCUUGGUAACUGUUACUAAGGUCCCUUCAUCGGCUAUGGUGAUCAAUCCAAAUGGGGGAACAAACUACCGGAGACAAAUCGUCUUCACUGGUGAAGGCCAGGGUGAUGACAAGCCUCCAUCUUUAUGGCUUAUGAACCCACAAAAGCCAUACAAUACUACCGUUCUGUUGAACAAUUACUUCGGUCGGCAAUUUAACUCCUUGAACGACGUAGUCAUUCAUCCGAAAAAUAAAGACAUCUAUUUCACAGACACUAUUUAUGGAUAUGUGCAAGAUUUCCGUCCCGCUCCGGGGCUGCAGGACCAAAUCUAUCGAUUCAAUGAAGAUACCGGUGCUGUCACGGUCGUGGCGGAUGGCUUUGAUCACCCUAACGGAUUAACCUUCUCGCCUGACGGUGAGUACGCGUAUGUUACCGAUACCGGCAUCGACAGUGGUUUCUUCGGUUUGAACUUUACUCGUCCCGCUUCGAUAUAUCGCUUUGACGUGAAAGAAGAUGGGACAUUCGAGAAUCGCAAGACUUUUGCAUUUGUGAACUCCGGCGCACCUGAUGGCAUCCAUUGUGACUCCUGGGGCAAUAUAUACGCCGGGUGUGGCGACGGUAUUCAAGUCUGGAACCCAUCAGGCAAGCUCAUCGGGAAAAUAUAUGUUGGUUCUACCUCGGCGAACUUCAACUUCGCUGGAAAGGGUCGAAUGGUCAUUUGUGCUGAGACAGACCUCUACUAUGCAACAUUGGCUGCAGCAGGGAAUUAUGUUGAUAGUGAGAUGUGA